AUGGGUGACUAUGGAACGAAAGAAAACGGGUCUGAAUACAGUCGAAGCUAUCCGGAAGGCAUAGAUGUCAUUCGGGAGCGCGAAUACCCCUUGCUGAAAGAUACUACCUACCUUGAUCAUGCCGGGACGACCCUAUAUGCAAAGUCUCUAAUCGACUCGUUUUCGCGUGACCUCACUUCCAACAUCUACGGCAACCCGCAUUCACUGUCCGCGCCCUCCCAACUAUCGACGCAGCGAAUAGACGACACACGUCUACGAGCUCUUCGAUUCUUCAACGCUGACCCCCAAGAAUUCGAUCUCGUCUUUGUGGCCAACGCUACAGCGGCUAUUAAAUUGGUCGCUGAUGCCCUCCGUGAUGCAACGCCCCAAGGGUUCUGGUAUGGAUACCAUGUCGACGCGCACACGAGCUUGGUUGGGGCUCGUGAGCUCGCAGCGCUCGGGAGUCGAUGUUUCAUGUCCGACGAUGAGGUUGAGCGCUGGAUGUCUGGGUUGGAUUCUGCCUCCGCUGAGGGCAACCGGCUGUUUGCGUUUCCUGCGCAGUCCAACAUGAACGGUCGUCGGUUCCCGCUUCAAUGGUGUGGAAAGAUCCGUACCGUGUCUUCCCAGAGGGUCUAUACCAUGCUCGAUGCCGCUUCCCUGGUCUCCACAUCUCCCCUCGAUCUGAGCGACGCGGCAAACGCACCCGAUUUCACGGUUCUCAGUUUCUAUAAGAUCUUCGGAUUUCCGGACCUUGGGGCGUUGAUUGUCCGCAAGAAUGCAGGGCAGGUCUUUGAUAAGCGGAGGUUCUUUGGUGGUGGGACUGUGGAUAUGGUUCUCACGCACGAGACGCCCUGGCAUGCGAAGAAGCAGUCUUCGAUACACGAACGGCUGGAAGAUGGGACUCUGCCAUUCCAUAACAUCAUCGCGCUGGAUCUGGCUUUCGAAACGCACACGCGCCUCUUCGGCUCGAUGAGCAAUGUCUCGUCGCACACGCGCUUCUUGGCCAGGAGAUUACAUGAUCGUAUGGUUGCUUUGCGGCAUCAUAACGGGGAGAGAGUCUGCCAUGUUUAUAAGUCGGCCCACGCGGACUAUAGUGAUUCCUCUUUGCAAGGUCCGAUUCUGGCAUUCAAUCUGCGGAAUAGUCAGGGUACGUGGAUUGGUAAGUCCGAGGUGGAGAGACUGGCAGGCAUCAAGAACAUUCAGAUCAGAUCUGGUACGCUUUGCAACCCUGGAGGCACAGCGGCUAGUCUGGAUUGGAGUGGUGCCGACAUGCUCCGGCAUUUCUCCCAUGGGUUGCGUUGCGGCGAUGAUCAUGAUAUCAUGGACGGGCGACCGACUGGCAUUUUGAGGGCCAGCCUUGGUGCGAUGAGCAGCUUGAAGGACAUCAACACUUUCGUGGCUUUUUUGGAAGAGUUCUUUGUGGAGAAGAGUCUCGAUGUGUGUACUCUGGCACCGCCAGUAGACAACAACCUCAUCCAGCAGCCAGAGUUCUAUGUGGAGAGUCUAUCAAUCUACCCCAUCAAGAGCUGCGCUGCAUUCAAAGUGCCUGACGGUAUACGCUGGGAGAUCCACCCGGAGGGACUGGCAUGGGACAGGGAAUGGUGCUUGAUCCAUCAGGGAACUGGUGUGGCGCUCAACCAGAAGAGAUAUCCGCGCAUGGCGCUGAUACGGCCGGUCAUCGACCUUGCUGGCGGAUUCUUGCGGAUCACUUGCGGCGGCGCAUCCUCUACACAUGGAAAAUCCCUAGAAAUCCCCCUUCAUCGUGGAAACCUGAACCUCGUAACCACCUCGCUAUGUCAGAACUCCUCCGAGCCCUCCACCGUCUGUGGUGAUCAAGUCAUCGUGCAGGCCUAUACAUCGCACGAAGUCUCCUCGUUCUUCUCCAACUUCCUGGGUGUGCCAUGCACCCUCGCGCGCUUCCCCCCGCAGUCGUCGACGACGAGAUCUGCUUCCUCAACCGGCCCGCUCAUCAAUAGAAACUCGCCUUUGCGAGCGCGGACGACAAUGCCCGGCUCCUUUCCGCAAGAUCCCCAGCUGGCGUCGCCGCAGAAUCCCAUCCUCUUGUCCAACGAGAGUCCGAUCCUCCUCAUCUCGCGCUCCUCCGUCAACCGCCUGAACGAGGCGAUCAAGCGCAACAACACCGCGAGCGGCGCCGGCGGCAAUGGCAGCAGCAACAAAAAAGCCGUCGCCGCCGAUGUGUUCCGCGCCAACAUCGUGGUCGCGGAGAGAAUCCCCAGGCCGGCGAACGCCGAGAGGCCUUACGUUGAAGAUGAGUGGCAGAGCGUGCGCAUUGGUGGCCCCGACGGUGUCCCGUUCAAUGUUUUGGGGUCGUGUCAACGGUGCCAGAUGGUAUGCGUGGAUCAGUACACUGGCGUCCGUGGGGAUGAGCCCUAUUCGACGUUAGCGAAGACGCGGAAGGUCGGGAAUAAGAUCUACUUUGGACGGCAUCUUGGGUUGGCUUCGUUGGGGGCCGUGGACGAGGAGGAGGCCUCCGCCGUAUCUCGGAAGGUCAUGGUUGGUGAUACUGUGGAUCCGUCUUUUGGCCCGUGA